UUGUGGUCAAGUCGGAUUUUAAGGUUAUGUUAUUAUGUUUACCAUUAACAGAACAAACUAACGUUCUCCAUCCUCGUUUAUCGAUUUGUUUCAUUAUUUAUUGUACCACCCAAUCUUUCUUUGAUUUUUUUAAAGAGCCGCCAUUUGAAAUCAAAUAGCUCUGGACUCUGCAUCGUGCACAUUGUGCCAUUGUGCCAAUUCGUGCUUGGCAAGCUCGGCGUUCCACGUGCGUUCUCAAACACAUUGUCGGUAGUUAAUGUAGUGCCAUGAGCUCUCUUUCAUAUUAAUCAGAAUGAAUUUCGUUGUUCGCGAAUCGAAUUGUUUUGUCCCUGGGUGCAUUAAUUCAUCCACCAGUGAUUCUGGAAAACUGUUCUUUCCUCUUCCACGGGAAACUUCUGCAAGGAGUAAUUGGUGUGUUACGGUAGGGCUUUCUCCCAGCUCCACACACGGCACGAGCUACUGUUGCGAGGAUCACUUUAAUCUGGAAGAAGAUGUCGAAAAUUGGGAGCAAUAUGCGACCUGGAAACAUGAAGAAUUGAAGACAUUGUGUGUGAGGUUGAAAAAAGAUGCCAUUCCUCACCUCAACUUACAGGACUCUGACCCCACCAAACGCACGGAUUUUCAAUGGAAGAUCAGCAAGGACAGAAUCUUAGUCAUUGCAUCGGCUAAGAAGUGUGAGGAGAAACUUCUAGACGCAUUCCCAGAGGAUGGCGGAACUGAGUUUUUGAAGGACGAAAUAUCUGCCCCGGGCCCUUCUUUUGGGAAAGAUGGCUGGUCCCUUCAUGUUGCAGCCCUAACUAAAGUCGUUAAAGACGAAGCGACUUUUGCCGGCGGGGUUGAUUCAUCGGAACAAAUUCAAGGAAUUCCAUCCGGUUCUCCGUUCGAUUUAAACAAUCGAAUUAAAACUGAAGCAGAUACAGAGGAUAAAGAUUUUGUCAACGCGUUACACACCAGUAUCGAGAUAAAAGAUGAGGAUCCUCUGCAAUGGCAAGAAUACCCAAAUAUCUCUGUGACUCAAGAUUCACGGCGUCCGUCGAAUUUUUGUACUCGAAAUACGGUGUCUUAUGGUCAUAUCAGCGCGACUGAAAAUGGAAGCAUGGAAAACGACCCGCUUUUUACCCAAUUACUAUCCAGGAAUCCAGAAGGCAAUACAGUUUCUGAAUCUGGCAGGGUGACGCCUUCAGAAGAAGUUAAAAAGACUAUCCUGAAUGCUGCUAUCGACAAAAUUACUCAUAUUACAACCGGAAAAAGUGUAAAAUGUGAUAAUCAUGGAGAUCCGGAACACGCGAUCCAUGUUCAAUGUGAUCAAGAAGUUGCGACUGACGAUACUGGGAAACAAUCAAAUUACAAUCAUUGCUUCGCAUCUGUUUCUGAAGAAAACAAUUUUAAGGAGCACAGAUACACACGUACAGGUGAGAAACCGUUCGCUUGCAGUCAUUGCUCUGCAUCAUUUACUCAAAAAGGCCAUUUAAAGAGUCACAUGCGCACACAUACUGGUGAGAAAUUCAGUUGCAGUCAUUGCUCCUCAUCUUUUACUCAAAAGUCAUCUUUAAAGUGUCAUAUGCGCGCACAUACCGGUGAAAAACCAUUCAGUUGCAGUCAUUGCUCUGCAUCAUUUUCUCAAAAAGCCCAUUUAAAGAGUCACAUGCGCACACAUACUGGUGAGAAACCAUUCAAUUGCAGCCAUUGCUCUGCAUCAUUUUCUCAAAAAGCCCAUUUAAAGAGUCACAUGCGCACCCAUACUGGUGAGAAACCAUUCAGUUGCAGUCAUUGCUCUGCAUCAUUUUCUAAAAAAUCCCAUUUAGAAGAUCAUGUGCGCACACACACUGGUGAGAAACCAUUCAGUUGCAGUGAUUGCUCUGCAUCAUUUUCCAUAAAAUCCGCUUUAAUUAGACAUGUGCGCACACACACUGGUGAGAAACCAUUCAGUUGCAGUCAUUGCUCCUCAUCUUUUACUCAAAAGUCAUAUUUAAAGAUUCAUAUGCGUGUACAUACCGGUGAGAAACCAUUCAGUUGCAGUCAUUGCUCCUCAUCUUUUACUGAAAAGUCAUCUUUAAAGAGUCAUGUGCUCACCCAUACUGGUGAGAAACCCUUCAGUUGCAGUCAUUGCUCCUCAUCUUUUACUAGAAAGUGCUCUUUAAAGAUUCAUAUGCGUGUACAUACCGGUGAGAAACCAUUCAGUUGCAGCCAUUGCUCUGCAUCAUUUUCUAAAAAAUCCCAUUUAGAAGAUCAUGUGCGCACACACACUGGUGAGAAACCAUUCAGUUGCAGUGAUUGCUCUGCAUCAUUUUCCCUAAAAUCCGCUUUAAUUAGACAUGUGCGCACACACACUGGUGAGAAACCAUUCAGUUGCAGUCAUUGCUCUGCAUCAUUUUCUCAAAAAGCCCAUUUAAAGAGUCACAUGCGCACACAUACUGGUGAGAAACCAUUCAGUUGCAGCCAUUGCUCUGCAUCAUUUUCUCAAAGCGCCAAUUUAAAGAGUCAUGUGCGCACCCAUACUGGUGAGAAACCAUUCAGUUGCAGUCAUUGCUCUGCAUCAUUUUCCCAAAAAUCCGCUUUAAUUAGACAUGUGCGCACACAAACUGGUGAGAAAUUCAGUUGCAGUCAUUGCUCUGCAUCAUUUACUGAAAAAUCCAGUUUAAACAGUCACAUGCGCACACAUACUGGUGAGAAACCAUUCAGUUGCAGCCAUUGCUCUGCAUCAUUUUCUCAUAAAUCCAAUUUAAAUAGACACGUGCGCACACACUGGUGAGAAAUUCAGUUGCAUUCAUUGCUCCUCAUAUUUUACUCAAAAGGCAUCUUUAAAGAAGCAUAUGCGCUGCGCAUACAUAGCGGUGAAAAACAUUCAGUUGCAAUCAUUGCUCUGCACCAUCCUGUGAUAUAUCCAAUUUAAAGAAACAUAUGGGCACCCAUAUCGGCGAGAAACCGUUCAGUUGCAGUCGGUGCUCCUCAUCUUUUACUCAAAAGUCAUCUUUAAAGAGUCCUAUGCGCGUACAUAUCGGUGAAAAACUAUUCAGUUGUAGACAUUGCUCUGCAUUUUUUGCUGCAAAAUCUCAUUUAAGGCGGAAUAUUCGCACACAUACCGGUGAGAAACCAUUUAGUUGCAGUCAUUGCUCAGCAUUAUUCACUCGAACAUCUGAUUUAAGGAGGCAUUUACAUACACACCGUUGAGAAAAAUCUAAAUUAUCGCGUCAUAUUUGCACACAUACUGGUGAGAAACUAUUCAGCUUAUGCUUUUGCUCUGCAUCUUUUACUAAUGAAUCCCAUUUGAAGGAACAUAUGCGCACAGAUACCGGUGAGUUAACCUUCAUUUUUCAAUCAUUAUUCUGUAUAAUUUUCUCAUAAAUCCGAUUUCAAGAGACAUACCUGCAACGUGCAUACCUACCGGUGAGAAACCAUUGAGUUGCAGUCAUUGCGCUGCAUAUCGACG